UUUCUUUUAGAUUGCGCUUAGUGUUGUUUUGAAGACGAAUUAGAUUUAAGUCUGUUCUCUAGAUAUUUCAGUUAUAAUUCACACCUUACACAGUUAUAUCAUAUUUUAUACAAAAUCAGUUUCUAUAUUACACAUUUUUACUUGUGCAACGUAAUAUGUGAAGAUACGCAUGGGCAUCAAUAAAUUCCGAUCCAUCAUGAUUUCCCAACCAAUUGUGGUACCUGGAGGUGAACAUCGAACAUCACAAUCAGAAACCCACUCUAUGUCUGUUGGAAGUACAUCUGAUUGCUUUAAGACCAUGACACCGCCGAAUGUAAGCAGAUCACUUAGCAACCGUGUUAGUGACAGUGGAUAUGGUACAUUACCAAGUAAGCUAGAACCAGUGGAUCAACAACUUCGACGAAGCAGUGUUCAAGUUCAAUCUGCAACAUUACCUAAACUUCCAUCAACAGAGUCCCUAUCAACAAGUGUAAAUUUUGCAACUGCUGCACCUCCACUAUCUCCAGGUUUAACAACUACAAUGGGAGAAACAAAUCAAAAAACAGAUAACGCAUCUGAUAAGUCUUUAGAUUCUUGUAAGUUAACAAGAAAAGAAUCAUAUAAGGCUCAAAGAAAGAAUUACCGGAUGGAGAAGAAAAGAGUUGCCAAUGAACUCUUAAGUUCGUUUAAAGAUCCAACUGUUAUUGUUAUGAGCGAUUGGCUUAAAGUUCGUGGUACAUUAAAGAGUUGGACAAAAUUGUGGUGCAUCCUGAAGCCUGGUUUACUAUUGCUAUACAAAAGUCCAAAAACAAAAAGUAAUCACUGGGUGGGAACGGUUUUACUUAAUACAUGUCAAGUAAUAGAACGUCCAAGCAAGAAAGAUGGAUUUUGUUUUAAAUUGUUUCAUCCCUUGGAACAGUCAAUAUGGGCUCCAAGAGGCCCAGAAAAAGAAGCUAUUGGUGCGGUUGUACAACCUUUGCCAACAUCUUAUUUAAUAUUUAGAGCACCUUCACAGGCAGCUGGUAAAUGUUGGUUGGAUGCACUUGAAUUAUCUUUACGUUGUUCAUCUUUAAUAGUACGCUCAACAAGUGCAUUACCGCGUGCUUUACCACAUGAUACUACAACAACUCAUGAAACUCAGUGGAGUGAAGCAGAUUAUGAAAAACACUUUGAUGAACAUGACCUGGACGACAUUAGCCAGCCAGAGAACGGAGUAGCAGCUGAUGCAGAAAUUAGUGCAUCAGACAGUGAAUCUGAAGGGUCAGCUAAAGAAGAUCAACAAGAAACAAUUAACGAAACUCUAUAUGUUGCGAAUGAGCAAGAAGUCCUUGGAGCGGCUGGAGAAGUAGUUACAGAAUUACAGGAAGAACAAAAAUCUUUAAUAUGGUUCUUGAUGAAACAAGUUCGACCAGGCAUGGAUUUAUCGAAAGUAGUCUUGCCGACUUUUAUUUUAGAACCUCGUUCGUUCCUAGAAAAACUGGCUGAUUCUUAUUACCAUGCAGAUUUAUUGUCCCAAGCAGUAGUGGAAGAUGAUGCAUUUACACGUAUGAAAGGUGUUGUUAAAUGGUAUUUAUCUGGAUUUUAUAAAAAACCUCAGGGUUUGAAGAAACCAUACAACCCGCUUUUGGGUGAAACUUUCCGCUGUUAUUGGCAGCAUUCUAAUGGUUCAAGGACUUUCUAUAUUGCUGAACAGUUAUCUCAUCAUCCACCUAUAUCAGGCUUCUAUGUUACAAAUCGACAAGAUGGAUUUACUAUUAGUGCUACAAUUAUUGCUAAAUCUAAAUUUUAUGGAAAUUCAACAUCAGCAGUUUUAGAUGGUGUUGCAAUACUGACAAUGUUGCCCAGAGGAGAAGAUUAUACAAUGACGAUACCUUACGCCCAUUGUAAAGGUAUUCUUAUGGGAACAUUAUCUAUGGAAUUAGGUGGGAAAGUUCAUAUAAAUUGUGAAAAGACAGGUUAUCAUACUGAACUAGAAUUCAAACUCAAGCCAUUUCUUGGAGGUGCAGAACAAAUGAAUCAAGUUACAGGAGGAAUACGUCUAGGAAAAGAAACUCUUGCUAUUAUAUCAGGCUAUUGGGAUGGUCAAAUAUUAAUUACAGAUAAAAGAACUGGGCAAGAAAGUGUGUUUUUCAAUCCUACUCCAGAAAUACGUAAAAAGAGAUUGAAAAAGUACACUGUACCUCUAGAACAUCAAGGUCCAUGGGAAAGUGAGAAAUUAUGGUACGAUGUUACUCAGGCAAUUAAUGGCGAUGAUCAAGUUGCUGCUACUGACGCAAAAACUCAAUUGGAAGAAGCACAAAGAGAGCGUGCUAAAGAACGAAAACUUAAAGGACAGGAAUGGAUUCCUAAGCAUUUUGUUCAGGAUAUUAUAACGGGUAAUUGGGUUUAUCGACAUGCGGAUGUUCGACCAUGGGAUCCUAGAAAUGAUGUUGUACAAUAUGAACAAGAUUACAUAGUGCGUACGAAAACUAGACACAAAACACCAAUUAUGCGUACUGGAAGUAUUGUAUCAACUGAACCACAGACACAGGUUCCACUUCUUCAAGCUGAGUCACGUUCUUCGCUUUCUGUAUUAAAAUCUUCCAAAAGACAGUUGUCUAAUAAUUUACCAUUAACAGAGACCGCUCAUGAUUCUGGGAGUUCCUCUGCAGAGGUACACUCAGAUUCUAGUCAGUCAGUAGGUAAAAGAAAACGUUCUACAGCUAGGAUAAUGGAUCUUAUAAAGGACAUAGAAAGACAAAUGUUAGAACAUAGUGAUAGACUUAAUCAUAUAAAACACAUAUUAGAACAACUUGCUAUAAUACAAAGAGAGCAAGUUUAUCAACACCAUAGUAUAAAUAUGUUGAAAAGCUUCAUUGAUACGAUUCUUGUUAUUAUAAUAGUUUUCUCUGUACAAUACUUUGUAAAAAUAUGGACCGAUGAACCUAGUGGAGGUUGAAGAGUAUGAUAACAGAAUCGUAGUAUAAAUUGUAUAUAUUAUUUAUCUUCUCUCAAUUCGGAUUAUCAGCUUUUGCGUCAGGAACAAGCUUUGAAAAGAAAAAUCUUAAAAUUUGAAGUACCUAAUUUACACGUGUUUUUAUGGGAGAUAAUAAAACACGCCGUUUUUAAUAGAAUACCGCUAAAUGGAUAGAGUAAAAUAAUUUAGAACUAUUAAAGAUAUACUUAUUCAGGUAAUCGUAGUGCAAUGUUAUUUUAUUUAUAGCUUUUGGAUAGUUUAAUUUUUGAUUUGUAAGAUGGUACAUUAUGGCUAUAUAAAUGUAAGCUACAUUCUCUAGUGAUUAAUAUAACACUUAUAGUCUUUGUUAAACGCUCCUCACGCCAGCCAUGAACUAUACAAGGUAAAAGGAAUUUUUUUGAGCUUAUCAAUAGUAAUAUUUUGAGCUUAUAUAUAAUAUUUUAUGUGCUAAUGCACAAGAAAAUAAUUAUAUAUUUAUUCAGAAAUUCUAAUGAUGUUGUAGUAUUUACUGCAGGCGCUCAAUAGUAAAAUGUAUUGAUGAUAAUAAUAAGAUAAUUGUAAAGAUA